CUUAACUUAUUCUAAUUGAAAAGUUUUGGCAAAUGUGCAAGCUAAUGUCAAAACUUCAGGCAUGAACCCCAAACUUUGAAACAUGUUUUCUACAUGAAGUUUCCACCAUCCAUUGUCCAGAUGUUACAUACCAUACCAUCAGCUGAUUUUCCCAGCUGAUAAGAUGGGAAAAACGGUUAAAAAGCCAGAGGUUUGCCUUCUGGUCAGAGGAAACAAGGGAGCUCAUUCUGGUGUGAACAAAGAUCACAGAGUCUUACAUGCCACCAUGGUUAAGACUGGCCUGACCUUCAGUCUGGUGACUGUUAUCUUGCUUGCUGCUGGCAGCGUCACGUUUUCUGCUGAGAUUCCUCAACCACGAGUGGCUCAAGAUAAAAGUUUGAACCACCCUGUGAAUGUUGGCCAGAGGAACGACCCCCCUCCCCCUGGCGCUGCUAGCUUCGAGGACUGUGCAGAUCUCUACACUGUUCUAUACUUCACCAAUGCAGUGCAGGAUGGAGUCUUCCCCAUCAAACCCGAGUCUUCCACCGACCACUUUGACGUCUAUUGCGACAUGACUACAGAUGGUGGGGGCUGGACUGUCAUACAGAGGAGGUUUGAAGGGAAACUCAACUUUGACAGGCGGUGGUCAAAUUACAAAAAUGGGUUUGGGAGGGUCGAGGGGGAACACUGGCUUGGACUGGAUAAAAUUCUCAACCUGACAUCCCAGAAUAGCUAUGAGUUGUAUGUGGAGUUAGAAGAUUGGGAGGGGAACUUUGCUCAUGCUAAAUAUGGUACAUUCAGCAUUGGAGAUGAGAGAACAGGUUAUACACUGAACAUUGGGGGGUACAGUGGGGAUGCUGGAGACUCUAUGUUGAUCCACAAUGGUAGGAAAUUCAGUGCUAGAGAUGUGGACAAUGAUGUGUGGAGUAGUGGUCAGUGUGCUCAGUGGUUAUCAGGCGGCUGGUGGUAUAACAGUUGUGGUGAUUCUGCUCUGAAUGGUCCCUACUUCCAGCCAGAGGACUAUCAAGGCACUGACACAGGGUUUGGUGUUUUCUGGGGUCAUUGGAAAGGUCCCUACUACUCACUGAAGGCCACCAAGAUGAUGGUGCGACCUCAAAACUUUAGCCGCAAACAGUAACUGAAGUGUAUUCCUUCUUUCAUAACCCUCUAUAGAGACAAGAGCACACAGUUUUUCUACAGUUCAUCCCAAGAGAGUGAAGUUAUGUGUUUUGCCUUGUCCAUGUGUUAACUUUGUGUUUCAA